AGAGAAGGAAGGAAGGAGGAACAGGAUGAGCGCUGUGUAGAUAAUGUUUCUCUAUGUAGCCUGUGAUUUACACCUGCGAUGAUUUAAAGCAAAGCAAUACAGAUCCAUCUCUAAAAGCCAUAAAACAUUCCGCAAAUGUGAUGCACAAAUUUGCACAAUCAAAGCGACAUCGGGCUUAUAUUGAGUGGAUGUUAUAAUUAAACUCUCCGUGAACGGAUAUUGUGUUUAUUUUCUUCGGGUCGGUCCUGCUGGAGCUGCACCGGGCCUUUGCUAUGCAGUAAUGGAGCAGCUAUUAUUUCUUAUGAUUUUCUACUUGCUUCCUACUCUCAUCUCGUCCAUACAUAAUUCAACGACCGGAGGAUGUGCAAUCAUUCGUCCCCCCAGAGAUGGAGGCAUUCGCUACAGAGGACUCACUCAGGAACAGAUCCGCAAUGUGCAGAUCUUGCCAGAAGACUAUGAGAUAGAAUAUAUCUGUAGAGGAAGUAGAAUUAUUGUGGGGCCCAAGGUCCGAAAGUGCCUCCGCAAUGGCACCUGGACUGACAUGAACCAACUCAGCAGAUGCUUAUUGGUUUGCCCGCGUUCCUGGAUGUCUCUGGAGAACGGGAGGGUGGCGCUGCAGCCCCCAGGACAACCAGUAGAGGGCACUGCUCUUCAUUACAGCUGUCAUGCUGGCUUCCUAUUGGAGGGUUUCAGUAUCUCACACUGUACCAAGCUGGGCAAAUGGGACUCUCCUAAACCAUUCUGUGUCUAUGACAGUAACUAUACAGGCAAGAAGAAACUGUACAUCGGAGCUCUGUUUCCCAUGAGUGGAGGAUGGCCCGGUGGUCAAGCGUGUCUCCCCGCUGCCCAGAUGGCGUUAGAUCUCGUGAACAACCGGACCGACAUUCUGCCGGACCACGAGCUGGAGCUAAUUCAUCACGACAGUAUGUGUGAUCCAGGAGAGGCCACUAAACUGCUGUAUGACUUGCUGUACACAGAGCCCAUAAAGAUCGUCUUGAUGCCGGGCUGCAGCUCUGUGUCUACGCUGGUGGCUGAGGCAGCACGCAUGUGGAACCUUAUAGUGUUUUCAUACGGCUCCAGUUCUCCAGCUUUAUCCAACCGUCAGCGCUUUCCCACUUUCUUCCGUACGCACCCGUCAGCAACUCUGCAUAAUCCCACACGUGUGCGGCUCUUCCAGAAGUGGGGAUGGACCAAGAUUGCCACCAUCCAACAGACCACUGAAGUUUUUACCUCAACUUUGGAUGAUCUGGAGGAGUGUGUGAAGGAGGCCGGCAUCGAGAUAAGCGUUAGACAGAGCUUCCUCACGGAUCCCGCAGUGGCUGUCAAAAACCUGAAGCGUCAAGAUGCAAGAAUCAUAGUCGGCCUCUUUUACGAGACUGAAGCCAGAAAGGUGUUUUGUGAGGUCUUCAAAGAGAAACUCUAUGGUAAGAAGUAUGUUUGGUUCCUCAUCGGGUGGUAUGCAGACAACUGGUUUAAGAUCAAAGAUCCAGCCAUCAAUUGCACAGUGGAGAACAUGACGGAAGCCGUGGAAGGGCACGUCACCACUGAAAUUGUAAUGCUAAACCCAGAGACCGUCCGCGGUGCCUCCAACCUGACCUCCCAAGAGUUCCUGGCCCAGCUGAUGUCACGUCUCGGGGGGAAGAACCCAGAAGAAACGGGUGGAUUUCAGGAAGCUCCGCUGGCGUAUGAUGCUGUGUGGGCUCUUGCACUGGCCCUCAAUAAAACGGUGGCCCCCCUUAGGGCCAAAGGCUGGACAUUGGAGGACUUCAACUACAACAACAAGGAAAUCACUGCUGAAAUUUACCGAGCCCUCAACACCAGCUCAUUUGAAGGAGUGUCUGGUCACGUCGUGUUUGAUGCUCAAGGUUCACGUAUGGCCUGGACUCUCAUUGAGCAACUGCAAGGUGGGAGCUACAAGAAGAUUGGAUACUAUGACAGCACAAAAGGCAACCUGUCCUGGUACGGAAACGACAAAUGGAUCGGCCUUGGCCCUCCGGCAGACCAGACUAAGGUGAUCGAAGAGUUCCGUUACCUUUCCCAGAAGCUCUUUGUGUCAGUGUCUGUCUUUGCCGGGCUGGGAAUCCUUUUGGGCAUAGUCUGCCUCUCCUUCAACAUAUACAACAGUAGUGUCAGAUACAUUCAAAACUCUCAGCCCUAUCUGAACAACAUGACAGCAGUGGGUUGUGUGCUGGCUUUAGCAGCUGUCUUUCCUCUGGGCAUCGAUGGCCUCCAUGUUCAUAGAUCACAGUUCCCUGUGGUCUGCCAGUUUCGCCUGUGGUUGCUAGGACUGGGCUUCAGUUUAGCCUAUGGCAGCAUGUUCACCAAGAUCUGGUGGGUUCACACCGUUUUCACCAAGAAAGAUGAGAAAAAAGAGAAGAGGAAGCACUUGGAGCCGUGGAAGCUAUAUGUGACUGUUGCAGUUCUGCUGGCUAUUGAUGUUCUUUCUCUGCUUAUCUGGCAGAUCAUGGACCCUCUGCACAUAACUGUGGAGAAGUUCACUAAAGAGGCUCCUAAAGAAGAUCUGGAUGUGUUGAUUCAGCCUCUUCUCGAGCACUGCAGUUCAGAAAAGAUGAACACGUGGCUUGGUGUGGUGUACGGCUACAAGGGACUUCUGCUGCUGCUGGGAAUCUUUCUGGCCUACGAGACCAAGUCCAUUUCCACAGAGAAGAUUAAUGACCAUAGAGCGGUCGGCAUGGCCAUCUACAAUGUAGCUGUGCUGUGCAUGAUUACUGCUCCGGUGACCAUGAUCCUGUCCUCUCAGCAGGACGCCUCAUUUGCAUUCGCCUCUCUGGCCAUAAUCUUCUCUGUCUACAUCACGCUCGUGGUGCUCUUUGUGCCCAAGAUACGGCGUUUGAUCACUCGUGGUGAGUGGCAGUCGGAGCAGCAGGACACGCUGAAAACCGGCUCGUCCAACAACAACGAUGAGGAGAAGUCAAGACAGCUGGAGCGCGAGAACAGGGAACUCCAGAAGAUCAUUCAAGAGAAGGAAGAAAGAGUGAUGGAGCUGCGGAAUCAGCUCGCAGAACGUCAGGCCUUGCGUUCUCGUAGACGCCCGUCCGUCCAGAAUCAGAACCAGAACCACAGCGUCCCGUCGUCUCAGGCCGAACCCCCCAGCUACUCCCCCGCAACAGACAAACGCUCCCUACCUCCGUCCUUCUCCAAUUCUUCCAACCUGUACCAAGGCGAGGGCAAACUGAGCCGAAACAACUGCCACAACAGCCGUCUACCCCUGCUGUACAAAUGAGUACAAAUCCAGGACGGUGGAAUCUCAAGAAGGCAAUGAGCAAGGCCAAACUGCUGUCUGAAUGUUAGAGAUUCUGGUUGAAGCAGGAGUGAAGACGAGCUGAGUUACUUAAAUCAGGUUUGUUCACUUCUAUUAUUGUGCCCAUGCCCUUGACUUAAAUUGGAGUUCUUCAAGGGGAACUGACUGUUUUUGCAAUUGGACCUCUGUAAAUCCCUUCAGAUAAAGCGUCUUUUAAACACUAGGACAGGAGUGUUAAGGAAGGAUUGUGUGGGUGCUGGAGCCAGACGCGGUCAAACAUUUCUUUGAAUUAUUUUGUUGAGUGACAGCGAAGGAAGAAGAGCGUGUCUCCGUGCUUCGCUUAGCAUUUGAUGAGACUGUCACUUUAAUGAGACAGACCUUGCUUUGCGCCAGCAGACAGUAUCAGAUGAAUCGUUCUCUCUCUCUCAUCCAGUUCACAAAGGAAAUGAGACAAGGUUUUAGUUGAACCUGUGAUUUACUUACUCCUAAAGGUGUUUGACCCGAGUCUGGUCGAUACUCUAUUUUCCUUCUAUGCUUUCUCUCCUUUAAUCCCUGCGGCCGUGUGCCAGGGUGCUUUAAUGGCUGUUCUGUCCUUGUCUCACCCUCUCUGACUCCCUCUCUGACUGUUUUUAUGACCGUAGUAUUAGAAGUGAAGUGAAGUGAAAUGGAAAAGAAUGAAAGAAGAGUCUGUUUUAGUUUGGACUGUAUUUGCAUCCCUCUUAUUAGCAUACAGUCGCAAUGCUUUUGAUUAGAUCAUAUCUAAUGGCUUAUUUGUUCAUCAAACCAUCUGCAAUGUUUGUGAUUUGUGUGUUACGUCACAGUUUGAGUUAAAAAAAAAAAAAAAAGACAAGCACAGGCCUCUAAACAGCUUCUGUAGCUUUUGCACUUUUGGGCCAAAUCAAACAAACACAUCUCACAUCAUACAUCACAUCUAUCUCUAAAUUUAUUGCAAUUUUUACCAUAUAUUGAUAUUGAAUAAUGUUAUGCCUUUAACAGUAGACAAAUGAGUGCUCUUUACAAUUGUAUUCCUCCAGAUUAUACAUUUCUUCCCCCAAAUUCAAGACCAUUACUUGGUCUGUGCAAUAUUUUUAUUAAUAUAUUUAUUGUUUUUUCAAGUUAAAGUGUUCAAUUUUUUUUAUGGUUAAAAAACUAUACUUUUGUGCCUCUUUCAAGGAACAGUAAACAAAUAGUCUUCACAGUAGUUUAUAUGUGUUGUAAGGAUGAUACCACUCUUUUUGUAAAAUUUAAAAAUGAUAUUUAUUACCAUUCUGUAACAUUUAAAAUGAAAUGUUAUGCUUGGAGACUUUCUUAAUUAUAUAUCACCUCAUAAACACUGUCAUAGUGGCAGAAAAUCGUAGAAACUAUAACCAUAUCUAGAUCUAUAAAAAUUUUAUUGACUCUCUCCUCUUGCAUUUUUACAAAAAACUAUUAUUAAGUGGAGUCAAUGCUUAAACUUUUGUACCAGUGGACAAUAUCUAUGUAUAUUUAGAAUUAUUGCAAUAUUACAGUGGUUUAAUAUUUAUUUAAAUGAAUUAAAUUAAAUUAUAUCCUAUGGUAAGACAAUCACGUAAUACUUGUUUACACAAUAAUACAAUAUUUGGGGAUUUUAACUUAAGUUGUGCAUUGUUGCAUGUUUCAUUCUUGUAUGAAAAGUACUCAAGUAUAAACUAACUAACAAGUAGAGAUUCUCAGUUGGUUACUGGACAGCUAGGCAUGGUACAGAACAUAAUUUUCCUUCUAUAUAUCAGCAUUCUAGUAAUGUAGCUCAGGGUGUGUGACUAUACUGUAACACUUGACACACGGUAAAGGUACAAUCUGUGAUUACUGAAACAGUGCCUUUUGAAUGGAUGGGAGAGGUUCUUUGUAAACAUCUGAGCGGAGUCACUACUGACGUACACAGGAGGGUGGAUCUUAUUCUGAGGCAUUUAUUUCUCUACUGACUCUGUGGUUGUAGCAGUAAUGGAUUUUCCUUCAAUAUGUUUAAUUGUCAGUUGUGUGCACUAUACCACAAGGAUGUUUUUUGAUACUUCAAAGCGUAUAAAAGUAAUGUAAUUAAUUCCCAUGUAAUUUUUCAACUGAUAAAAAACUGUACGUGUGUUAGGUUUUAGAAAGUUUCUCUAAUUAUGAAAACUUUCUGGAUGUCAACAUUCAAUAAAAUCAUUACUUUGCACUGAGA